AUGGGUUGGCGACAUAUAGAAGAUUCACUUUAUACAUCUGAUGAUCGCGCACAUUAUCAACUGUAUUGGUCUGAUCGAUCUAUAACGAGAACACGGAUGAAAAAGCUUGCAUGUGAACAAACAGCGAACCAUUUCCCCGGCAUGGUUUGUCUGACAUCCAAAAGCCAACUCGCAGCAAACCUUGCAAAGAUGCAGAGAGUUUGCCCUGAGGAAUAUGAUUUCGUUCCGAGGACCUGGGUGCUCCCUGACGAGUACGCAGCCUUCCGACAAGAUUUCAAGAAGAUGAGAAGCCAAGAGAACGACGAGAUGAUGUUCAUCGUGAAACCAGAGAGAGGAUGCCAGGGCAAGGACAUCUUUCUGACCAAAACUGCGGACGAAGAAGCCAUCGAAAGUGCUUUCUGGAACCUUGGAGACGCGCUCGUUGUGCAAGAGUACAUUCAAGAUCCUCUCCUCGCAGACGGCCACAAGUUCGACCUCCGACUGUACGUGCUGGUCACAUGCUGUGAUCCCCUUAGAAUCUACCUCUACAAGGAUGGCCUUGUACGAUUCUGUACUGAGCCGUAUGAGAUAGCGAACCAAGCGAACAAGGAUUGGCACUACAUGCAUCUGACUAACUACUCUCUGAACAAGAACAACACCCUCCGAUUCCUAGAGAGCAAAGACCCGCAGGACGCGAAGCAGGGAUCGAAGCGAAGGCUCUCUAUCUUCUUCGAGCAUCUUAGGGAAGGCGGUCACGACGUUGAUGCCUUAUGGCUCCGGCUAGAGGAGCUCACAGUGAAGGCGCUGAUAGCCGUUCAGCCACUUCUCGCUCACUUCCAUCAGAUGUGCAGACCCUCCGACAAGUUUGGGGACAGAAGCUUCGAGCUACUUGGCAUGGACGUUCUGGUGGACAGAAACUUGAAGCCAUGGCUGCUCGAGUUUAACCACUCUCCCUCCUUUCACUGUGAGCACGUGGUAGACCAGCUCGUCAAGGAGCCGCUGGUCUCCGACACGUUUCGCAUUCUCAACGCAAAGCUGGAAUAUAGG